AUGUUUACAUCUUCUGGUGACAGCAUCGAACCACAGACAGCUCCAGGUGACAGCAUCGAAUCACAGACAGCUUCUGGUGACAGCAUCGAAUCACAGACAGCUUCUGGUGACAGCAUCGAAUCACAGACAGUCCCUGGUGACAGCACUGGACCAAAGACAGGUGAUGACAGCAUCGAAUCACAGACAGCUUUUGGUGACAGCAUCGAAUCACAAAAAGUCCCUGGUGACAGCAUUGGACCAAAGACAGGUGAUGACAGCAUUGAAUCACAGACAGCUUCUGGUGACAGCAUCGAAUCACAGACAGCUUCUGGUGACAGCAUCGAAUCACAGACAGUCCCUGGUGACAGCACUGGACCAAAGACAGGUGAUGACAGCAUCGAAUCACAGACAGCUUUUGGUGACAGCAUCGAAUCACAAAAAGUCCCUGGUGACAGCAUUGGACCAAAGACAGGUGAUGACAGCAUUGAAUCACAGACAGUCCCUGGUGACAGCAUCGAAUCACAAACAGUCCCUGGUGACAGCAAUGGACCAAAGACAGGUGAUGACAGCAUCGAAUCACAGACAACUUCUGGUGACAGCAUCGAAUCACAGACAGUCCCUGGUGACAGCAUCGAAUCACAAACAGUCCCUGGUGACAGCAUUGGACCAAAGACAGGUGAUGACAGCAUCGAAUCACAGACAGCUCCUGGUGACAGCAUCGAACUACAAGAAGCUCCUGUUAACAGUAUCGAACCAGCUCCUUCCAACAGCACCCACAUGCACCUUCUGGUAACACUAUCGAACCACAGACAGCCUCUGGUGACAGCAUCGAAUCACAAACAUCUCCUACUGACAACAUCGAAUCACAGACAGUCCCUGGUGAUAGAAUAAGAUCACAGACAGUCCCUGGUGAUAGCAUUGAUUCACAGACAGCUCCUGGUGACUGUAAAUCCGCUUCCAGAACAAUACUUCCCGGUAGAAGAAACUGAUAUUUUUACAAUCAAAGCACAAUUGCUGACAUUGUACCAGUUACAACUGAAUGAUGCAGACAUGUAUAACUAAAUACGUACGCGUGCUCAUUUUUCGUAAGAAUUCCUUAAAAAGCCAUGUUUCAAAGGCAAACACGAUCACCGUUUUGCUAUUUCUAGCUUAGUUUUAGGAACUGCAAAUGGUAAUUUUGUUGGGUAAUCAUUCCGUCUUUUGGCGACUUUCAACCUUUUGACGGUGAAGGAAUACCCAGGUGGCCAGGCAUUGUUUUGAAUGGGUACACGGAUAGAACCUCCGACCUUCCAUAACCCAGCUGGAGGGCUUCAUCACAUUAUGCACCCCAAGUGAGGUUUCGAAUCCACCGCGAUGAGAGGCCAGUGAUUCGAAGUCAGCUGCCACGAACGAACAAUA